GUUUUAUUCUUUAAGUUUCUACUUUUCCAAACAUGGAAGAUUCAAAAGCAACCAAACAGAUUCCCAAAAAAAUCUCCAGGCACCGACCAAGUAUACAUUUUGCCGAGUUCGAUGAUUAUGUAGACGAAAAUGAGGAUCAAACUACAGAUCCUGAAACAUCUAAUAAUGUUUACGUUACUGCUUCAAUGUGUGUUGGUAAAGCUCUCUCAGAAGAUGUGUUCAAGCCCAUGGAAGUUGUAACUCCAUACAGGGGCAUUUUAAAACGUUCAAGAUCCAGUCUAAAGGAAGAUUGCUGCGAGAUGACGAUGAAGAAAAAAUCUGUCCACUUUCCCAAAGAGGGUUUGGAAAAAAUUAUAGAAAUACCAAACAGCAGAGCGAAUCCAGAAAUAAAAGCUAUGAGUGUCGAAGAAUAUAAAAGUAAAUGCAGUGCUUUUCGUAGAUAUUUAAAAGCUCAAAAGGAAGCGAAAUGUACUCCUGCAGAAGAACCAAAUGACAUGGUAAACCCGUGCGAACAACUGCAGCGCACAAUUGAUCAAAUAACUGAAAAUUCGGAUGAAGAAAUCUAAAAGUUACGAAGAAUAUUGAAAUAAGUUAUAAGUUGUUUAAAAGUUUUUUAUUUCGUUCGAAAAUUGUAACACUAUAGCUUAUCUAUCAUUAAAUAAUAAUAUUUGCUCCUAGUGUUGUUAAAUAGGAUUAAAAACAAUUAUAAUUCCAAAUAAAACAUGUUUCCUUGAAUGUUUCUUUUUAAAACUGCUAACUGGUGUACAAAAAGAAUAAUGACGAUUUUAAGAAAGUCAGAAUUAACGAAUGAUAUUUUUAACU